UCUCGCCCUCUUUUCUCUUAUUGUGCAUGUUGUCCUCGUCCAACCAUGGAGUGACCUUCUCUACCUCUCUCUCUCUCUCUCUCUCCUUCCACUCGCCCACCCCGUCCUGUCUCUCUGCAGAUGUGGACGACAAGCCUGCAGGUUCAAACAUUGGGACGGUGACAGGACAACUUGGGGAGGGGAGGGGACAAAAGACGCCAAGAGGGGGGUCCCAGGACGGCUUGAGGGAUGGAGGCCUUCUGGGGAGAUGCAGAGGACGCUAGUGAGGACACCUCAGGACCCAGGAAGUCCAAAAUAAAGGCCCUGAGGUCUCGUCUUUUCGGGAAGAGUAAAAGAACCGGCGAGGAGUUCAACGCCAAACUCAGCCAGUCGACCAGUGACAUCCACGCGGGAGAGACACUCGGCUCGGAGGAAGAUUUAGCAUGCCCUCAAGGGACGAUAGGAUCCCGGGCGCUGUCCCACGACAGCAUCUUCUGGGCGGAGGAGGACCUGACAGACGAGGAGCCGGCGAAGGUUUCAUCACAGGAAAGCGUUCACAGCAAGAUUAAAGCUUUGCAGAUGAAGCUUCAGCAGCAGAAGAUGCAUCUCGGACCUCCUCCCCUGGUUCUGCCAGUCAGGCGCCAAGAGGAUGUAGGAGGCCGCUCGGGGGACGGGUUUUCCCCUCAUAAGCUCCCUGGGAUCCAUGCAGCGGGGGACAUUACAAGCCAUGGACCCCUCAGCAAGAACACAUCACAGCCAAGCUCAUGCCCGCUUUCGCCCAUCUUCAAACAGCAAGCCUCUAAAUCCAGACCCACCACUCCAUCCGCGACCAUUACCUUCUCCACCGCCUCUUGUGAGUCCCCCCUGGACUUCAGUUCCCCGGCCCUGUACACCUCUUGCUUGGACACGUCCGCAGCCCGACACCGGAUGUCUGUCAAGCCACGAAACCAGAGGGCCAGCACCAAGAGGAGGGUGAUGGAGGUGGACAACCUAAACAACCACGCAGAACCCGUGAUGGAUCUUAGCUUGAAGCAGGACGUGAUGGAAAAUCAUGGAACCAACGUUUUUUGUAGAACACCUCAACAAUUCCUUCCAAAAUCCUCUGAGAUGGACCCUCUCCAAACAGAGGCAGCACCGACAUCUUCUACUCCACCAGACCAAGCCUUACCUGGAAGACUAUCCCCAAUAUCUUCCCGGGUUCUUCAAGUCAAGCUACAGAGACAUGGAGUUGGAACGUCAAGCGAAAGACCACAUCCCUCCUUAAAACUGAAAGGAACAUCAGGAGAUUCCGGGUUUCAAGUCCAGAACUACAACAAGACCAGCAUCAUUGGCAAGACUGCAUCGACUGAUAUAAAGGACGUCUCCACCAGCUGUGAAUCAGCGGUGGCCAAGUCGUCGUCUGUUUGUCUUCAGGAUCAAUCUGAAGCAGAUGGCAUAAGAGGGAUAAAAAGGCCCGGAUCUGGAUCCUUCCAUUUCUCCAACACUUAUGCCAAAAGCCGCACUGAGGACAGACCCCGAUCGGGCAGUUUUGUGGGCUCCGUAAGGCAAGCGAGACACAAGACAGGAACUGAGAAUGUAACUCCUUCAAGCCAGGAGGAAUGUAUAGAUCCACAACCCAGACAGAGACCCAUAAUGGUGGGAACAUUUCAACAGAAGCAGAAAAGCUCUGUUCUUCUGUGGGAAAGGGAAAAUCUGAAAUCUGUGGAAUCGGCGACAGUUCCUAAAACCGUCGGCCUGUCAGAGACGGCGGAAGCAGAGCAGGACGUCCAGGAAGAAGAGGAAAAAGAAGAAGGAAAGACGGUGUUUGGCUUUAAACUCCGCUCAACAUCCAACUCCAUGAGAUUCUGGUCCGACGGCUCUUCCAGGCGUCAUUCCAAGAUGUCUGAGGAGAAAAGUGGAGCUCUGAAUACACAAGAAAGUGGCGACGCCAUCGACGUGUGCAAAAAGGGCGCUGCGGGAGAUUUCACAGUGACAGAUCUAAAUCCCCCACGCCUACCUCCCACCUCGCCGGCAGAAGCCCCAACAGUCGUCUCCUCAAACCCGUCUGCGGAGUCUCAGUCCGCGCCACAGACCUCUUCGUGCGAGGUGUCCUGGAUGAGUUUGGCGAUAGAAAAGACCAGAAGCCUCCAUCAGCUUUUUGCAAAGCGGUUUCCCAAGGACUUUACUGGAGGGCAGUCCGCGGCGUGUCCACAAACCCUGGCCCAACCGCCAAAGUCCGGCGAGGUCCUAAAUGGGACACAAAUCCAGUCUCACACUGUAAGAUUGCAAGAAAGUGUAGAUGAAGGUGGUAAAGGCGAACCGGAGCAAAGUAAGACAACAAUGAAGACAUGGAAAGAACCAGAAGUCCCACAGUGGGCGACACAAUCCCCCUUGCAUGCUGCUGCCCAUAGUAGACCAUCCCUCGCACAGUCUUACCCCACCUCAAGCCCGUCCUUGUGCAACUACCGAGGCCUCCAGCCGGUCGCCGUUUUACCCAAAUCUACGACGUCAGCCCAGACGUGUGCCUCCUCGUCCCCUUCAAUGGAGGAGGAGAAAAGGGUGGUGCUGGAAAAAGAGAGUCCAUCACUGCUGGGGAAUAGGACAGUGUGGGCGGGGUCGGUCAGCGAGAAGGCCUCCGUCUUGCAGAAACAGGCAGAGUGGACUACUGGAGCUAAAGGGGUGGAGUUGAGGAAACCCCAAUCGGAAACAUCAAAGGCAUCAGGUGAGACGAAACCCCAAAGACAAGAUUGCUUCAAACCGGCAGGUGCGUCGUCGUCCAUGCAGUCCGAAACGCAACCCACGGCGACGUUGACGAAAUGUGGUCUUUCAGAGACCCAGAGCCCCGCCAGAGUUCCCCGUGAGGAGAAAUGGAUGCGGAAAAACCCAGGGUCUUUGUCGUCGCCCUCUUCAUCACCCGUACUUCCGUCUCUACCUGACGGCGGUCAGCCUUCCUGGAUGGAACUGGCCAAGAGGAAGUCCAUGGCAUGGAGCGACAAGACUAUGGACUGACGAGGGAAACACAAAGUGAAUAAACCCCCUUCACAUUUCAACAACAUUUUGGUGUCAACUUGGAUAUACUUUAGCAUUGUCAGUGAACCGAAGCUCCUAGGUGCCGGCAGCACUCAUGCAGCCCCAAACCAUGAUGCCACCACUACUUCACUGAAGCGUGACACAAUUAUCUGGGGACUCACUUGCAUGGCCAGAUAUUUAGUCAAUAUUAUAUUUUUCAGUGGAUCGUAAAUCCAUUAUGGGGAUGGAGUAAUGAAGUUGGGAGAGUGGCUGUGCCAGCAAUCUGAGGGUUACUGGUUCAAUCCCCACCUUCUACCGUCCUAGUCACGUCCGUUAUGUCCUUGAGCAAGACACUUCACCUUUGCUUCUGAUGGGUCCUGGUUAGCGCCUUACAUGACAGCUCCCGCCAUCAGUGUGUGAAUGUGUGUGUGAAUGGUGAAUGUGGAAAUACUGUCAAAGGGCUUUGAGUUCCUUAAAAAAGGUAGAAAAGCGCUAUACAAGUACAACCCAUUUACCAUACUGCUAUGCAAGUUUUACGCUGGCUACUCUAAAGUGUGUCCACGUAUCCUUUCUAUAGUAUUGUCCAUUAGGACAUAUAAUAAACUACAUGCUGAAAUGUAAAGGGUGUGUUCACUUUUAUGAGACACUGUAUUACCACAUCAUUAUGUGAAUUACUAAAAUAGGUAAUGCAAAUAAGAGGACGUUAAAACGUUCUUGAUUUAUUUACGAUACGCCUGUUUUGGUGAACCACACCUUGAAACACAGGAUUAUUUUUUUAACCAUUUAAUUCAUUUUUAGGGCUGUCCAGAAGGCUUGUUUAUUGAACUGUAAUAUACUGUAUAUUUUGUAUGUUAAUUAUCGUGUCCUUUAAAAAAAAAUCCACUCCACCACUUUAAGAUAUAAUAUACUAUUACUGAAUGUGAUUUCACUCUUACCAAAAUUGUGGUUGUAUAAUAAAACAAAUAUUGAUAUUUA